GUCAGCGCCGUCUUAGCGCUCCGAUAGAUUUGUGAAUGCAACAUUUUAGAGCUCACGGAAACGAGUUCUUUUGUUUGUCGUAUGGUCAGUUGCAUUAGCGGAUCGCCCGUCCACCAUUCCCGAUCUUCAUUCGAAAUAGAACGCACGUCACACUAAUCAUCGGUCUCUGAUACGUACAUCAAUUUAUAAAAAUGUAACCGAUAUAACUUAAUAUGUUGUCGUCCCUAACGUUCCUCGAAAUGUUUUUCCUUAACGUCGUAAUACGUUGACUAUGUACUAUCGCGAGUGAAAGUAAACCCCAAAUUGGGGUCCAAAGUUCGGGCUGAAUUUUGUGGUGGAGGAUCCACCGCAGCCUACUACUACGUUGGGUAGUACACUCGCCGCAGCCACACCUACACUGCGCUACGCUUCUCUCGUCAGUCGGAAGACCACCCCGUCUCAAGCACCGGGCGGCCCUGAGUACAGUCGGCCACAGUUCAGCGCCCGCGCACACCCAGGCGAGAGUACCUAACCGCAGAGUAAAGUGGAUAUUGUGUGGAUUUAUAAAACCAAACUUACGACCCUCUUGGCCAUUUAGUUUUUUUUAGUUUUUUUAGUUUUUUAGUUAAAUUAAAUAUUCUUUUGCACGAAUCGAGAUUACUCAUUUCUCUCUUCUAAAAGGUAGUUAAGAUCCUAAUCGUGACACUGGCGCCCUCUAACGUGGUUAAAUUCACACAAAUCCUAUUUAUUUCUCGGCUUUUGUAGUUAGUGUAUGUUUGUGGCUUAUUCUUUUUUCUGUGCAACGUUUCUUUUUGGUUUCAUUUGCUACUAAGGUGUACUAUUAGUAGAAAGUAAUUUGGUAAUUUUGUAAGGUGUUUCGUAAAUUGAUUUCUACCCACAUAUAGUCAAAUUCUAUAAUUUAUUUUAUGUUAGUGUUAAAUUACGCUUAGUAUCACAAAUAUAGUGAAAUUAGUAUUAAUUGUUUCUAUCGAGUGGAAAGUACACAUUAGUAGCACGCUUUUCUUCUUUUUAUUUGCAACUAACCUGUUUUUAUCUUUAUUUCUACUAAUUGGGAAAACCAAACGUUCAUCAUUCAUCAACUUUUGUAACAGAUCGGAGAAUUUUUAAUAUAAGCUUAUUAGUUUCUGCUUCUUACCACUUACCCUCUAAUUAAAUUUAAAUUCACGAUGCUGCCUGUCAAAUAUCUUUCUCUUCAAAAAUCGGAGCUUGAAUAUGAGGUUCAGAUCCGAGGUGCUACUGCCGGUUCUUCAGUAGAGGAAUUGCGAAGACAAAUUGUAAAAUUAGCCGCGGAGCACCCGGCUGAACACAUAUUAGAGUCUCCGCUAGAUAUUCGACAGGAUCUUAGGGGUUGCGUAGAAGUUCUUACAAAAAUACAAUUGAAUCUUGAUAUUUCUGAACCAAGUGUACCUACUAUUAUGAGAACGCAAAAUAUGCUAAAUCACCUUCAUAAUCGUUUAGCGAGGAUAACGAGCGGUGACGACAGAAAAGAAUAUAAGGAUAUCCUAGAGGGGCAUAAAGUCGCCUCCCAGAAGCUCGCGGCUCUUCAAGCUAAGAGGCCUACACAAAUAGCGACAACUUCUUCUAAUUUAGGCGCGGGUCCCUCUAGUGAGACCUCGACGGCGGCCCCAGAGGUUCAGAACUUGAUUUCGGUGACUUGCGAUCGCACUGUAGCUGACUUGAGUAAAUUAAAAUUUAAUGGCAAAACUUGUGUCCGCUCAUUUAUACAGCGCGUCGACGAAUUUAUUGUUGCACGUAACAUUGCAUCAACAAAAGUAUUAGCUUUCGCCACCGAAAUUUUUCAGGACAACGCUCUGCAUUGGUUCCGUUCGGUACGGGACAAUAUUUCUUCCUGGCCAGAACUCGCUGCUAAAUUGAAAGAGGACUUCGAUCGAUCUAAUUAUGAUUACCGACUUACGACGGAGAUUCGCUCUCGGACUCAGGGUGAACAUGAAAACAUAACUGUUUAUCUUUCCAUUAUGAGUGGUAUGUUUUCUCGUCUUUCGACACCCCCAAGCGAAGCGGAGCAGCUCGAAACCUUACUUCACAAUAUUAGGCCGUGUUACGCAAGUACACUAGCAGCAUCAUCUACCGAAAUUAGGACAAUUGAUUCUUUACGCUCAUUGUGUCGCAAUUACGAGACUUAUCAUUCUCGACACUCACAAUUUCAGGAGCCACCAAGAGUGACUUCUGACACUGUUGCACCCGAAUUUGCGUACUCUAGGGAAUCAAAUAAAAGUACAAAUAAAUUUAACAACAAUACAUAUAAUAAACAAAAUUACACAUAUAACAAUAAUUAUAAUAAAGGGCAAUAUUCUAAAAACACCACAAAUUAUAGCCAGAAUCAAAAUCAAAACAAGUCUCAACAACAAAAUUAUAUACAUUCUGUGUCCAAUGCUGCUCAAAACAAUAAACAACAACCGUAUUGCCCAAGGUGCCGUAGUAAUAGUCAUCAUAUUCGGCAAUGUACGGCUAGUAGGGACGUGUUUUGUUUUAAAUGUGGCAAGAAAGAUGUCAAAACACCUGAUUGUCCGGUUUGUAAUAAAAAGGCAGAUACAAAAAACUAG